AUCCGGGCAAACCGCUACUACCGCCUCCGAGGUGCUUCUCCCCUGAAUCCGUGUCGCCGAACAUUUUCGGGUGGGGGACUACCUAUUGUGCACAGUGCGGAGAAGUCAAGAAUCAACUCGGUAAUAUCACAGAAGUGUGCGAGGAGAGGGCAGCGCUGGCGUCUAUCCAUCCAUCCAUCCAUCCAUCCAUCCAUGCGCGCCGCACACCGUGGUUUUUCCGCUUUAUUAUGGAACUGUGACCCCAACCGAGGCACCGGACAACGCACGCUUCCCGCAUCUGCACUUCACCCCCCCCCCAGGUGUUUUCAUGUAAGCGCAGGACAUUUGGAGGAUUUUUUAUGGUGAAGCGCUGCGGACGCCGAGCAGCUUUGCUGACCGCCAGUGACGCAACCUCUCACCCAGACUACAUGAGAAAUACAUGCGUGGAAGGGCGUGAACUUUCAGACACCAGCCUCCUCCUCAUUAAUCCUUAAAGCCCGUUUGCUCGUUUGGCAGUCUCGCCCCCUUCAGUCAUCCAAACUCAUCCCGGGGACAUCAUGGAUCUCAAGGCGGACUCCGAGAACGUGGAAUACAAGCGGCCGGCUCCCAUUGAAGUUUUCGCCACCAGGUCCACGCUGCACGGCAUCUCGCACAUAUUCACCUAUGACCGGAUGUGCAUAAAGCGCACCUUGUGGAUUUUGUUUUUCCUGGCCUCGGUGGGCGUGCUGGUGAUGGUGUGCGUGGACCGGGUGCAGUUCUACUUCGAGUACCCCCAUGUCACCAAACUGGAUGAGGUGGCUGCUCCGAGUAUGGUGUUCCCCGCCAUCACCUUCUGCAACCUGAACUCCUUCCGCUUCAGCCGGGUGACGCGCAACGACCUGUACCACGCUGGGGAGCUCCUUGCCUUGCUCAACGGCAGGUACGAGAUCCGGGACCCGCAUCUGGUGGACGAAAAUGUCCUGCAGCUCCUAAAGGAGAGGGCGGACUUUGAGAGCUAUAAACCUCGCCCGUUCAACAUGCGUGAAUUCUAUGACCGAACGGGCCACGACAUCAAGGACAUGCUGCUCGCCUGCUCCUACAGAGGCUUGGAGUGCAGCGCUGAAAACUUCAAAGUGAUAUUCACUCGCUAUGGAAAAUGCUACACGUUUAAUUCCGGGAAAGAUGGAAUACCCCUGCUGGUGACGAUGAAAGGCGGGACGGGCAACGGCCUGGAGCUGAUGUUGGACAUCCAGCAGGAUGAAUACUUGCCUGUAUGGGGAGAGACCGACGAGACGUCGUUCGAAGCAGGGAUCAAAGUUCAGAUCCACUCUCAGGACGAGCCACCGUUUAUUGACCAGCUGGGCUUCGGAGUGGCGCCGGGGUUUCAGACCUUCGUCUCCUGUCAGGAACAGCGGCUGACGUACCUGCCUCCGCCGUGGGGGGACUGCAAAGCCACGCCGAUGGACUCGGACUUCUUCAGCUCCUACAGCCUGACGGCCUGCAGGAUCGACUGCGAGACGCGGUACCUGGUGGAGAACUGCAACUGCAGGAUGGUCCACAUGCCUGGAGAUGCCCCAUACUGCACCCCGGAGCAGUACAAGGAGUGUGCAGAUCCUGCCUUGGACUUCCUGGUCGAGAGAGACAACGACUACUGUGUGUGCGAGACGCCCUGCAACUUGACGCGCUACGGCAAAGAGCUGUCCUUUGUCAAGAUUCCCAGCAAGGCGUCAGCCAAAUACCUCGCCAAGAAGUUCAACAAGACGGAGCAGUACAUAGCUGAUAACAUUCUGGUUCUGGACAUCUUCUUUGAAGCGCUGAACUACGAAACCAUUGAACAAAAGAAGGCCUACGAAUUGGCAGGCCUUCUGGGUGAUAUUGGAGGUCAGAUGGGUCUCUUCAUCGGAGCCAGCAUCCUCACCGUUCUUGAACUCUUUGACUAUCUAUAUGAGGUGAUCAAGUACAAGAUGUGCCGAUGCCUGAAGAAGAAACGCAAAAGCCCCAACAACAAUGACCGGGGAGCUGUGCUGAUCCUGGAUGAUGUGAAACGCCAUGCUCCUUGCGAGAACCUGCGUACGCCAUCGACGUAUCCUGGCAACAUGCUACCUCAUCAUCCGGGCCAGGGUAACUUUGAAGACUUCACUUGCUGAGCUAGACCCGGGUGAAGCAUCGAAGUGCGCGUUAUGCAACCAAAGCCAACCAUACAACGAGAACUAUCCAACAGCAGGGAGGGUGAGGAACUGAUGCUGAGUCUAGCGGACGUACUUUUUACGUUAAAAACACUGACGAAUCAAACAAAGAAUUUUCACCCGCGUGGAAGUGAAGUCCUAAAUGUAAAAGAGAAAAAAAAAGAAAACCUGUUCAUUUUUUUUCCGGAGAACAUUUCACGCAGCACCUCUGGAAUACUGCCGCAAAAAGGAUGCUCAUGGAGACACCUUGCCAACACGGACCUCUCUUUCAAAAGACAAAAAGAUUAAAAAAAAAAAUAAAAAAAUGCAAACGUCAAUAAGGGAACAUGUACAGUUAUCUCACCGUAGACAGCAGAGCAGAAAAAAAAAAGGGAGCCCCCAUGCCUUUAUAUAACACGGCAACUCAUGACGGUUCCACACAACACCUGGCUUUGCUCGUGUGACAAAUGUCCAUACCGCUUACUCCACUGUACAUGUAGCAACAUCUGUAAACUGUUGCGCCCGCUUCAUGAGACAACAGCUGUGUAGUUCGUUUGAGAAUGUAUCUUUGUUUGCGAUGAGUGUGGUCGGGACGCGAGGGGCGUUUCUUUUCAGGGGGCCGCGGUGGGAGGAGAGGUGCAUCAUCUACAACUUAAAAAUGUACUGGUGAAGAUUUCAGGUCUCAUCAUGUAAAUGCAUGCUUGUAUUUGUCCGGUGCAUGUUUUUUUCAUUUCAUUUCUUCUUUUGAUUGAUUUCUAUAUAUUUCUAUAUAUAUAUAUACACACAUAUAUAAACAUUAUAAUUACCAAGUUUGCCUCGAUGAUAUACGGGAAAAGGAGAAUGAUGCAUCUGCAUAUAUUUCUGUGUGUGAGCGUGUGUGUGUGUGUGUGCAGAGGGAGAGCGUGAUGACUGUGCAAAUGAAUGAGCUGCAUCUAAUUUCGUUUCUCAUCCAUUAUAUUUGUUUUAUGAUUUCAUUUUCACAUGUGCCCGAUGAGUUGAAGAAUCUUCACUCAGCUUCAUUGACUCUCAGCUGCGGGAUGAGGUGGGAGUCGAUCGCCGAAAAAACCUUGUGGGGGGUGGGGAGGGGCUGUUAAACUUUUUUUAUGUAACCGUGUUCUAGUUGCAAAAGUCUUAUCAAAGCACAAUACCGCCAGUAUGUAGAGGUGAUGUAAAAAAAAAACGAAAAAACUAAACAAAAAACAAAAAAACGUACUACUCUUCUUGAUAUAUUGUCAUAUGAUUAAUAUCGUGAUGAUGACCCGACUGUUUUUUCGGUUGUUUUUUUUUUUUUCUUUUUUCUUUUUUUCUUUCGUAUAAAAACAUACUCAGUAUUGCCUGAUAAUCCUGUCUCCAUCUUCCAGGUAAUGGGCUGAUCUAUUUAGUUAUCAAAGCAUAAAUAAAAUGUAAAUAUCA